UGACCGCAGCAGUCAUCAAGCUAUCAAGCUGGCAACCACAAGCUAUCGGCUGGUUGUGGCGCCGGCCGGCAGCCAAAGAAGUGGAGGAGGCAAUGUUGUUGUCAGCAGCGGCAUCAGCGGAAAUGCGACUGUCGUCAAUGCCGUCGGCGGCGGCGGCGGUGGUGGGAGCAAUAGUUCCGGCAGCGGUGGCUUAAAUGUGACCACAAUAACAACAACAAGCAGCGGGACACAGGGACAAUCCUCAUCUGGUGGGCAGAGCAAUGGAACAACAUAUAAAAUCGAAAUGCUCGAUGAUGAUAUCCAAAGUCUGGCAACGGAUGAUGAGGAUGAUGAGUUGAUAAGCAGCGAUGGUAGCCUAUACGAUGGUGAUCUCAAUACAAUAGCUGUCAAUGAUGAUGUCGCCCAUCAGCUGGCAGCCGCUGGUCCAGUGGGCGUGGCAGCGGCAGCCGCCAUUGCCAGCUCAAAGAAACGGAAACGUCCGCAUUGCUUUGAAACGAAUCCAUCGGUGCGAAAGCGACAACAGAAUCGCCUAUUGCGUAAAUUGCGUGGCAUCAUCUAUGAGUUCACCGGUAGGGUGGGUAAACAGGCGGUGGUGCUGGUGGCAACGCCGGGCAAACCAAAUACCAGCUACAAAGUGUUUGGGGCGAAACCAUUGGAGGAUGUCCUACGGAAUCUGAAGAAUAUUGUGAUGGAUGAACUGGACAAUGCGUUGGCACAACAGGCGCCGCCGCCACCGCAGGAGGAUCCAUCGCUAUUCGAGUUACCCGGCCUGGUUAUCGAUGGUAUUCCCACACCCGUCGAGAAAAUGACACAAGCUCAGCUGCGAGCGUUCAUACCGCUCAUGUUGAAGUAUUCAACGGGUCGGGGUAAACCCGGUUGGGGCAGAGAAUCAACGCGACCGCCAUGGUGGCCCAAGGAAUUGCCGUGGGCGAAUGUACGCAUGGAUGCACGCUCCGAGGAUGACAAGCAGAAGAUCAGCUGGACACAUGCACUGCGCAAGAUUGUGAUCAAUUGUUAUAAAUAUCAUGGACGCGAGGAUUUGUUGCCCACAUUUGCGGAUGAUGAGGAUAAGGUGAAUGCGCUAAUCUCACAGUCGGGCGAUGAGGAUGAGGAUAUGGAGCAGCUAUCGAAUACGCCCACCAUACAGACAGUGCAAACGGUGACGCCGGCAGUGACCACCACCAACAGUCACAGUCACAGUCAACCACAACAGGUGAAUGUGGUGAAGAUCAACAGCGCCGGUACAGUGAUCACCACACACACGGCCCAAACGAAUACGCCGGCACCAACAAUAAUUCAGAGCACGAACAAUCAACAUGUGACAACCACAGCAACAUUGCCGGCAUCCACAAAGAUUGAGAUAUGUCAGGCGCCAGCACCACAGCAACAACAACAACAGCAGCACCAUCAACAGCAACAACAGCAACAGCAACAUCAUCAUCAACAGCAACAUCAUCAGCAGCAUCAUCAGACAACAAGUGGCAGCAACACGGUGCACAUACAGGCUGUGAGUCAAGGUCAACCGCAGACCAUACAAUUGACAACGGCGAGUGGCACAGCAACAGCAACGGCGGUGUCAACGACAGCAGCAGCUGUAAGCGCAUCAGCAGCAGCUGCAGCAGUCGCACAACAACAGCAACAACAACAACAACAGCAGCAGCAACAACAACAACAACAAUCGAAUGCUGCCCAAACAGUCACCGCCCAACAGAUCGCCAAUGCCCAAGUUUGCAUCGAGCCCAUAACGCUCAGCGACGUUGAUUACACCACACAGACCGUGCUAUCGCAGAAUGCAGAUGGCACUGUAUCCCUCAUCCAGGUGGAUCCCAAUAAUCCCAUCAUCACACUGCCGGAUGGCACAACCGCCCAAGUCCAGGGCGUGGCAACGCUGCAUCAAGGAGAAGGUGGCGCCACCAUACAAACGGUACAAAGUCUCACUGAUGUGAAUGGCCAUGAGAAUAUGACGGUAGAUCUAACCGAAGCACAAGACGGUCAAAUCUUUAUUACCACCGAGGAUGGACAAGGUUAUCCCGUGUCCGUGAGCAAUGUGAUUUCGGUGCCCGUUUCCAUGUAUCAAUCCGUGAUGGCGAACAUGCAACAGAUUCAUAACAGCGAUGGCACCGUGUGCUUGGCCCCUAUGCAGGUAGAUAGCAACAACAGCCACAGCAACAGCAAUGCAACACGCGGCAGCAGCAGCAACAACAACAACACACACAACAUCAAUAGUAGUAGUAGUAGUAGUAGUAGUAAUAGUAGUGGCAAUACAUCGUUGCUUGGCAUUUCUGUAGUCAAUGCCAGUGGCAUGUUGGGCAGACGCACUGCAGCAGCAGCAGCAGCAACAACGACAACAGCUGCUGCUGCUGCAGCGGCAACUCAACCGGCUGCCAUCACGUUGCAAGCGCCGCCGGGCACACGCCUCUAUUGGGCAGCUGCAGCGGCAGCAAGUGGCAACAAUGCCAGCUCAAGCUUUAAUCUCGCUAGCAACAACAAUAACAAUAGCAUGCUUACUAACAACAAUAACAACAACAACAACAUUAAAAUGCCGCUGCCCAUUGUUGUGGCAGCGCCAGCAGCGACGUCGACUGCGCAGCAUCGUCGCAGUCGGUCGGCAACAGCGCAAAAGCGUCGCAGGCAGACAAGUGGCAACAGCACUAACAACAACAAUAACAAGUUGUCGUGUGGCAAGAGCAGUGCUGCUGCCACUGAUGCUGCAGGCAGCGCUGCCUCUGCUGCCAUACGCUGCGUCGACAGCGCGAGUUUAACAAAUGCGCAGCUGCAGCUGCCAGCAAAAACCAUUAAGCUGGAGCAUUUGGAGUAAAGAACACUGUAACCGACACUUGCCAAGCCCAUGCCACAUUGCCACAAGCCACACACACCUCUUGCCCCACCCCUUCUCAGCACACAUCGACAGUUCUUAAGGCUCCCAAUGUUAAUGCUAUAUCAAUUGCAACUAACUAAUCUAGUCAAAGCGGCGCUGCAAGCAAACACCCACACACACACACACAAACACACACACACACUUGCCAUACAUUGCUGUACAUAUACAUAUACACACACACAAAGGAAUGUGAAUGCCAACAAACAAAAACCAAAAAGAUAACUUAACAACAAAUUAAAUAUUUAAAAAAAAAUUACUAACAAAUCUCCCCUUGCCUUGCACCAAACACACAACCCCCUUUCCCCCACCUUAACUUGAAUUUAAACUGAGCGUAAAACCAAAAAAGAUAAAUCAAAAAUUAAUCAUAAUAAUUUGUUGAUAAUUGAAGCCAAAACGCGUAAAUCAAAUCAAAUUUGUCAUGUUCCUAAAAACGUCAAAGCGAAAACAAAACAUUUAUUAUGGAAUUUCUUAGUGUUUAGUUUGUUAAUCAUAAUUUUAAUUUUACACUUGAUUUCAAUCAACAAUAUUAUCGAAAAAAAAAUUAACUUAGUUAAACAAUGAAACACAAGCCAAAUAUUAACGUAUUUAGUUUAACAAGCAGCAAUCUUAAAAACUAUUUCAUUUUGAUUAUAAUUUCGUCUUAUUUUGAUUUCGAUUUUUAUUUAUUUGUUGAAAAAAAAGGCAAUUUAAAAAAUUUUUUUUUUGUGCAAUCUAUGGAAUAUGUUAUGCAAUUAAUUGAUGUAGUUUAAUUGAAUUUUAAAUUUUUAAGUUGAUGCCUUAGCACACAGGGAAAGAAGUUAUAAGAAAAAAAUGAAUAUAUAUGUAUGUAACAUUCUUUAAGGCUGUUCUGUAAAGCAAUUUCGCUCCAAUUUUAAUAUAAUUAUGGCGAGAUUGAAAGUCGGAACAGCUCUAAAGGGUCUAUAGUAUAUAGAUUAGAAGGUAAAGCAAAUCAUAUAGUCAUCUUGUUAAACUCGUCCAACGUAGCCAAUUUGCAUUCAAAAUGUAGCAAGUAAAUUAACAUAAAACAUACAAACAAACAAACCAAACAAAAAACCGCCCACAUUUGCCAUUGGAACUAGUUCAAAAUAACCAAAAAAAAAAAAAACAAAUAAUGAAUUGUGAAUAUUGUCGAAAGUCGUGUGGCCAGAAAUUUAAGUGCAUACAAUUAUUUUAUGUUGAUUACAAAUAUUAUUAUUAUUA